AUGCGGCUCUGGAGUUGGGUGCUGCGCCUGGGGCUGCUGAGCGCCGCGCUGGGCUGCGGGCUGGCCGAGCGCCCCCGCCGGGCCCGGAGAGACCCGCGGGCCGUCCGCCCCCCGCGCCCCGCCGCCGGCCCGGCCACCUGCGCCACCCGGGCGGCCCGCGGCCGCCGCGCCUCGCCGCCGCCGCCGCCGCCGCCGCCGCCGGGCGGUGCCUGGGAAGCCGUGCGCGUCCCCCGGCGGCGGCAGCAGCGGGAGGCGAGGGGCGCCGCGGAGGAGCCGAGCCCGCCGAGCCGGGCGCUCUAUUUCAGCGGGCGAGGCGAGCAGCUGCGCCUGCGGGCCGACCUCGAGCUGCCCCGGGACGCGUUCACGCUGCAAGUGUGGCUGCGAGCGGAGGGGGGACAGAAGUCUCCGGCGGUGAUCACAGGGCUAUAUGACAAAUGUUCUUAUGCCUCACGUGACCGAGGAUGGGUCGUGGGCAUUCACACCGUCAGUGACCAAGGCAACAGAGACCCACGCUACUUUUUCUCCUUGAAGACAGACCGGGCCCGGCAAGUGACCACCAUCAAUGCCCACCACAGCUACCUUCCAGGCCAGUGGGUCUACCUGGCUGCCACCUACGAUGGACGUCUGAUGAAGCUCUAUGUGAAUGGCGCCCAGGUGGCAACCUCUGGGGAGCAGGUGGGUGGCAUUUUCAGCCCACUGACGGAGAAGUGUAAAGUCCUCAUGCUGGGAGGCAGCACCCUGAAUCACAACUACCGGGGCUACAUGGAGCGCUUCAGCCUGUGGAAGGUGGCCAGGACGCAGCGGGAGGUCCUGAUGGACAUGGAAACCCACGGCCUGCACACUCCUCUACCUCAGCUCCUCCUCCAGGAGAACUGGGAGGAUGUGAAACGCGCCUGGUCCCCCAUGAAGAACGGGAGCAGCCCCCGCGUGGAGCUCAGCAGCGCCCCCGGCUUCCUGCUGGACACAAGUUUGGAGCCUCCGCUGUGCGGGCAGACGUUGUGUGACAACGCCAAGGUCAUCGCCAGCUACAACCAGCUCCCGCGGUUCCGCAGGCCCAAAGUGGUGCGCUACCGCGUGGUCAACCUUCGCGACGACGGCGGCGAGAACCCCACCGUCAGCCGCCAGCAGAUCGACUUCCAGCACCGGCAGCUGGCCGAGGCCUUCAAGCACUACAACAUCUCCUGGGAGCUGGAGGUGCUCGAGGUGAGCAACUCGUCCCUGCGCCACCGCCUCAUCCUGGCCAACUGCGACAUCAGCAAGAUCGGGGACGAGAACUGCGACCCGGAGUGCAACCACACGCUGACCGGCCACGACGGCGGGGACUGCCGCCACCUGCGCUACCCCGCCUUCAUGAAGAAGCAGCAGAACGGGGUGUGCGACCUGGACUGCAAUUACGAGCGGUUCAACUUCGACGGCGGGGAGUGCUGCGACCCCGACAUCACUGACGUCACCAAGACCUGCUUCGAUCCCGACUCUCCCCACAGAGCAUACUUGGAUGUUAAUGAGCUGAAGAACAUUCUUAGAUUGGAUGGAUCAACACACCUCAAUAUCUUCUUUGCAAACUCUUCGGAGGAAGAAUUGGCGGGAGUAGCAACUUGGCCGUGGGACAAGGAGGCCCUAAUGCACUUAGGUGGCAUCGUUUUGAAUCCCUCUUUCUACGGCACUCCUGGGCACACCCACACCAUGAUCCACGAGAUUGGGCACAGCCUGGGCCUCUACCACAUCUUCCGAGGCAUCUCGGAAAUCCAGUCUUGCAGUGACCCCUGCAUGGAGACAGAGCCCUCCUUUGAGACUGGAGACCUCUGCAGCGACACCAACCCAGCCCCAAAACACAAGUUCUGCGGCGACCCGGGGCCAGGGAACGACACCUGUGGCUUUAAUAGCUUCUUCAACACUCCUUUCAACAACUUCAUGAGCUACGCAGAUGACGACUGCACGGACUCCUUCACGCCCAAUCAAGUCGCCAGAAUGCACUGUUACCUGGACCUGGUGUACCAGAGCUGGCAGCCCUCCAGGAAGCCGGCGCCUGUCGCCCUCGCCCCCCAGGUCAUGGGCCACACGACCGACUCCGUGACGCUGGAGUGGUUCCCGCCCAUCGAUGGCCACUUCUUUGAAAGAGAAUUGGGAUCAGCAUGUGACCUUUGCCUGGAGGGGAGAAUCCUGGUGCAGUUUGCCUUCAAUGCCUCCUCCCCGAUGCCCUGUGGCCCAUCGGGACACUGGAGUCCUCGCGAAGCAGAAGGUCAUCCAGAUGUCGAACAGCCCUGUAAGUCCAGUGUCCGCACCUGGAGCCCAAAUUCAGCUGUCAACCCACACACAGUGCCCCCAGCCUGCCCUGAGCCUCAAGGCUGCUACCUUGAACUGGAAUUCCGCUACCCCUUGGUCCCUGAGUCUUUGACCAUCUGGGUGACCUUUGUCUCCACUGACUGGGACUCUAGUGGAGCUGUCAAUGACAUCAAAUUGUUGACUGUCAGUGGGAAGAACAUCUCCCUGGGCCCUCAGAACGUCUUCUGCGACGUCCCACUGACCAUCAGACUGCGGGAUGUGGGCGAGGAAGUGUAUGGCCUCCAGAUCUACACAUUGGAUGAGCACCUGGAGAUCGAUGCCGCCAUGUUGACCUCCGUUGCAGACAGCCCGCUCUGCCUGGCGUGUAAGCCCCUGCAGUACAAGGUGGUUCGGGAUCCUCCUCUCCAGGCGGAUGUGGCCUCCAUCCUAUACUUCAGUAGAAGAUUCACAGACAUGGAUCUAAACCUUGGCAGUGUGUACCAGUACUGGGUCAUCACUAUUUCAGGAAAUGAGGAGAGUGAGCCGUCACCGGCUGCCGUAUACAUCCAUGGAAGCGGGUACUGCGGCGAUGGCAUCAUCCAGAAAAGCCAAGGUGAAGAAUGCGAUGACAUGAAUAAGGUCAGUGGGGACGGCUGCUCCCUUUUCUGCCGAAGGGAAGUGUCCUUCAAUUGCAUCGAUGAACCCAGCCGGUGCUAUUUCCAUGAUGGUGAUGGGGUAUGUGAGGAGUUUGAACAAAAAACCAGCAUCAAGGACUGUGGUGUCUACACGCCCCAGGGGUUCCUGGAUCAGUGGGCAUCCAAUGCUUCCGUAUCGCAUCAAGACCAGCAGUGCCCAGGCUGGGUCAUCAUCGGCCAACCAGCAGCAUCCCAGGUGUGUCGGACCAAGGUGAUAGAUCUCAGCGAAGGCAUCUCCCAGCACGCCUGGUACCCCUGUACCAUCAGCUACCCGUACUCCCAGCUGGCUCAGACCACUUUCUGGCUCCGGGCGUACUUUUCUCAGCCGAUGGUUGCUGCCGCUGUCAUUGUCCACCUGGUGACCGAUGGGACCUAUUACGGGGACCAAAAACAGGAAACAAUCAGCGUCCAGUUGUUUGAUACCAAAGACCAGAGCCACGAUCUAGGCCUCCAUGUCCUGAGCUGCAGGAACAAUCCCCUGAUUAUCCCUGUGGUCCAUGACCUCAGCCAGCCCUUCUACCACAGCCAGGCGGUCCGUGUGAGCUUCAGUUCACCCUUGGUCGCCAUCUCGGGGGUGGCCCUCCGCUCCUUCGACAACUUUGACCCCGUCACCCUGAGCAGCUGCCAGAGAGGGGAGACCUACAGCUCUGCCGAGCAGAGCUGUGUGCACUUUGCAUGUGAGGCCGCUGACUGCCCGAAGCUGGCCGUGGAGAAUGCUUCUCUCAACUGCUCCAGCAGUGACCACUACCACGGCGCCCAAUGCACUGUGCGCUGCUGGACAGGCUACGUGCUCCAGAUACAGCGGGAUGACGAGCUGAUCAAGAGCCAGACAGGACCCAGUGUUACAGUCACCUGCACGGAAGGCAAGUGGAACAAGCAGGUGGCAUGUGAGCCGGUGGACUGUGGCGUCCCGGACCAGCACCACGUCUACGCUGCCUCGUUCUCCUGCCUCGAGGGCACCACCUUUGGCAGCAAAUGCUCGUUCCAGUGCCGUCACCCGGCGCAGUUGAAAGGCAGCAGCAGCCUCCUGACCUGUAUGGAGGACGGGCUGUGGUCCUUCCCGGAGGCCCUGUGCGAGCUCAUGUGCCUGGCUCCACCCCCGGUGCCCAACGCGGACCUCCAGACGGCCCGGUGCCGAGAGAACAAGCACAAGGUGGGCUCUUUCUGCAAGUACAAGUGCAAACCUGGAUACCACGUGCCCGGCUCCUCCCGGAAGUCAAAGAAACGAGCCUUCAAGACCCAGUGUACCCAAGAUGGCAGCUGGCAGGAGGGAGCUUGCGUUCCCGUGACAUGUGACCCUCCCCCCGCCAAAUUCCACGGGCUCUACCAGUGCACCGACGGCUUCCAGUUCAACAGCGAGUGUCGGAUCAAGUGUGAAGACAGCGAUGCCGCCCAGGGUCCCGGGAGCAAUGUCAUCCACUGCCGGAAGGACGGCACCUGGAACGGGUCCUUCCACAUCUGCCAGGAGAUGCAAGGCCAGUGCUCGGCCCCGGGCCAGCUCAACAGCAACCUCAAGCUGCAGUGCCCCGAAGGCUACGCCAUAGGGUCGGAAUGUGCCACCUCGUGCCUGGACCACAACAGCGAGUCUAUCAUCCUGCCAGUGAACAUGACCGUACGUGACAUCCCCCACUGGCUGAACCCCACACGAGUGGAGAGAGUCGUCUGCACGGCCGGUCUCAAGUGGUACCCUCACCCGGCGCUGAUCCACUGUAUCAAAGGCUGUGAGCCCUUCAUGGGAGACAAUUACUGUGAUGCCAUCAACAACCGAGCCUUCUGCAACUACGAUGGUGGGGAUUGCUGCGCGUCUUCGGUGAAGACCAAAAAGGUCACCCCCUUCCCUAUGUCUUGUGACAUACAAGGUGACUGUGCUUGUCGGGACCCGCAGGCCCAAGAACACAGCCGGAAAGACCUCCGGGGAUACAGCCAUGGCUAAGGAAGGACAAGGAGUUGUCAAAGAAUUCCCAGCGCCAGGUCCCGCAUCCCUUUGGUAUUGAUUUCACAGUCAGCUGCUCAACGGAAUGGCCUCUCCACACCAGGGACCCUUAGCACCCGACCGGUCUGCCUUUAAUUUCACCCAGGAAGGACUUGCAGU